GACCAGCAAUACUUGCCGCUUGUUCGUGGCUUCCGCAGCGUGCUCGGCCGCUACACUCUUGAACUCCGCAAUCUCGGCGCCUUUGUCGACGACUGUGCCUGCGAGAACAAUGGCACAUGCGACUCGCUCACCGGCCACUGCUCGUGCACAAUCAACUACACUGGCGUUCGCUGCGCAAGUGUCGCUGUUCGCUCGUGGUGCGAUGAGGGCGGUGCUGAUCUCUGCUCCGAGUACGCCUCUUGCGUCGACGGCAACACGGAUGGCACGGCUGGUCCUGUGACUGGCUCGUGCGUGUGCAACGUUGGUUUCGAAGGCGACGGUGUCUUUUGCUCGAAUGAGAACGAGUGCGUCACGCGCAACUUCCCGCCGGAUCUCGAGUGCGACGCGAUUGCUCGAUGCGAAGACACGUUCGGCAGCUACAAGUGCUCUUGCCCCGGUGGCUACAUGGGCUCGGGUCGUGGCACUGGCACAUGCGUGAUUGAUCCCGACGCGGUUGAACCCUACCCCGUGGACGACUUGGACAAGAUCUUCCCAAUCACGUACUACAUUGCCCUGCGCGCGGUGAACGCCGCUGGUCUGUCCACUACCGUGUACAGCAACGGCAUCACCAUCGACACGACUCCUGCCACCUUCCAGUACAUUGACAUGGUCUCGCCCUUCCCGUCGCCUGGCUACGAGCUCGCCCCGAUCCAUGCUCAGCGGUACACGGAGGACAUGUCCUUCCGCUGGCUGUUCAAGGACGCGCAGUCUGCUGUUGUCAUGUACCGCAUGAAGGCCGGCACGGCCACCAGCGACACUGAAUUGACCGAUUGGGUCGACUUCCCCGCCGCCAUCACGAGCCAUCGUUUGACUGGCCUGUCCCUCGUGACAAACACAAUGUACUUUAUUUCGAUUGAGGCGACGAACGGCGCUGGCUUGCGCAUUACCUACCCCUCGAACGGUCUGCUUGUCGAUAAUUCGGGCCCGGACAGUGCUGCUGGCUGGGUGAUUGACACGUACGGCGCGGCCAUUGCCUGCGAGCUCAACGGCGGUGCCUCGCUAACCUCCACCGAUGACCGCACCUGGUCUACCGAUCGCUUCAACAUGGCCAUCGCUUUUGGCGAUUUCGUUGACAACGAGUCUGGCAUCAAGUCGUACGACUGGGCCAUUGGUGUGACACCCGGCGGCGAGGAAAUUAUGCCCUUCACUGAAGCUGGCGCCUCGGCAUCGCCAACUGGCUCCAUGUUUGCGCUUGUGACGCGCAGCUUGCCUCAAAUUGAAACUGGCUGCGGCGUGCCUGGCCCGGACGGCCUCGUCAACGCCAUCUGCCUCAACGACCGCUCGACGUACUGGGUGAUUGGUCAUUCGAUCUACUUCCGCAACUUCCAGCUGGCGACGCCGCGCACCUACUACAACACUCUUCGUGUCUGGAACAACGUUGGCAUGUCGAUUGUUCGCUCCACCAACGGCAUCAACGUCGUGGACUCGUCGUCGUGCCUUACGCUGGGAUGCCAGGACGAGAGCACUGUUACCUGUGGCGCCGCUUCCGUCACACCGACACCCAGCAGCGCCACGCCAGGCCCGGCCGCCACCACCACAGCGGCGGCGGCUCCGUCUGCGUCGGCCACUCCUGUCGCUCCAGUUUCCCACUGGGCUAAGGUGAACAUGACGGUGGACGGCUCGCCUUUCUCGGGCGACUACGUGCUUGUGACGGCCCAGUUGACUGACCUGGACAUUAACGCCUUCUCGUCGAGCUCGGCGACCAGCUCGUCCAACUCGACGACCGUGGAUUUCCGUCGCGUGAUUGAUCCCGCCACCAUCCCGCCCUUCCAGACCUACCUUGAAUUCACGGCGAUGGCGCGUGCGUUUAGCACGUCCACCAACGUUGACGUGGAUGUUCAGCCGACCAACCAUUACCGCGUGCUCCUCCAGUGGGAUGCAGACUACUUUAACAUUACCGCGAGCGUGGAGCAACCCGACGUGGUCGUGUACGAUCGUGUCAAGUCGCGUUGGAUUGAAGCGUCGUCGACUUGCGCCUCGCCCCACCGCAUUGUCACGGCUAACACGAUCGAGGUCCACGUCUGCGUCACCUCGCAGCUCGCCUUUGUCAAGACAGCGCUGGCCGCCAACACACCCGCCAUGUCCUGCCAGCGAUCCGGCUGCAGCGGCGUCGUGUAUGUGGAAGCGGCUGGCGCCCCGCCAGUGUACUGCAACUGCGACAGCUCUUGCCGCACCUUUGGUGACUGCUGUCUCGAUCACUAUGAUUCGUGUCCCCAAGCUUAA